CCACUCUCAAGAGGGCCCACCACGCGCUCUAUAAAAGCAAAACCGCCAGCCGCUAGGGUUCCUCUCGUUCGCCGGCUUCGCCCCGUAGGUAAGCAGGUCGUCCUAUUGAGAAGCUCCAAUGGCACCUAAAGCUCCCCCAAAGAAGGCUGAUAGCAAGGCUCAAGCCUUGAAGGUUGCAAAGGCGGUUAAGUCUGGGGCGACCAAGAGAAAGGCCAAGAAGAUCCGCACAUCUGUGACAUUUCACCGGCCAAAGACUCUCAAGAAGCCGAGAGACCCAAAGUACCCAAGAGUCAGUGCACCUGGGAGGAAUAAGCUUGAUCAGUACCAAAUCCUUAAGUACCCACUUACGACUGAAUCUGCGAUGAAGAAGAUCGAGGAUAACAACACCCUUGUCUUCAUCGUCGACCUCAAGGCAGACAAAAAGAUGAUCAAGGCAGCUGUCAAGAAGAUGUAUGACAUCCAGGCAAAGAAAGUCAACACUCUGAUCAGGCCUGAUGGGAAGAAGAAGGCAUAUGUCAAGCUUACACCAGACUAUGACGCGCUUGAUGUGGCCAACAAGAUUGGCAUCAUCUAAACUUCGUGGUUUGUUGUGUGGUGUUGCUGUUUGGACAGAACCGCAUAGCUAAGCUUAAUUAUCCUUUUUCUGCUUGUGAACUGGUCCCAAAGAUGGAAAUUUGCAAUGUUCAAGUUCUGCAUUUGAAUUC